AUGUCUGUAUAUAUCGUAGCCUCCAUCCGGACUCCCAUCGGCUCGUUCCAGGGCUCGCUCUCGCCUUUAAGCUCGGUAGAUUUGGGUGCAAAAGCGGUGCACGAAGCACUUAAACAAGUGCCCUCUUUGCCUGCUUCAGCUGUCGAAGAGAUUUUCUUUGGCUCUGCUCUCCAGGCUAACUUGGGACAAAACCCAGCUCGUCAGGUGGCACUCUCCGCCGGUUUGCCAGAAGCCGUGGUCGCUACUUCCGUUAAUAAGGUAUGUGCUUCGGGGUUAAAGGCCAUUAUCUCUGGAGCCCAGACCAUCCUCACCAACACCGCCGAUGUAGUUGUAGUUGGCGGCUCUGAGUCGAUGUCGAAUGUCCCAUUCUAUGCUCCUAUCAGAUCUGGAGUCAGAUACGGAGACGCUUCGCUUGUGGACGGGAUUCAAAAUGACGGGCUUAAGGACGUCUACUCCCAGAAGCUCAUGGGCCAUGCUGGAGAAAAAGUUGCCAGCGACUUAAACAUCACAAGAGCUGAGCAAGAUGAAUACGCGAUUGGCAGUUACGCCAAAGCUAUUAAUGCUCAUGAGACGGGAAAGUUUGAGAACGAAAUCACUCCAAUUACAAUCAAAACGAGAGCAGGUACCAAGACGGUCUCCAAAGAUGAGGAUAUCUCUAAGUACAACCCAGAGAAGUUGAAGACAAUGAAAUCUGCUUUUAUUGACAAUGGUACUGUGACAGCUGGUAAUUCACCAUCUCUUAAUGAUGGAGGUGCUGCUCUUAUCCUUGUCUCGGAAGCUGCACUCAACAAGUAUGGACUCAAACCAUUGGCCAAAAUCAGAAGCUGGGGUGAGGCCGCUAGAGCUCCUAUGGACUUCACGAUUGCACCAAGUUUGGCCAUUCCAAAAACGUUGGAAAGAGCUGGAGUUUCGAUCAAUGAUGUCGAUUACUUUGAGCUUAAUGAAGCAUUUUCAGUUGUUGGACUUGCCAACUCCAAAUUGUUGGAUAUCCCAUUGGAAAAAUUGAACGUCUAUGGAGGUGCUGUAGCUAUUGGACAUCCAUUGGGUUGCUCUGGGGCCAGAAUUGUGGUCACAUUGUUAAGUGUAUUGAAGCAGGAGAAGACGAAUUCCAAGUUGGGUGUUGCUGCUGUAUGUAACGGAGGCGGUGGAGCUUCUUCGAUCCUCAUUGAAGCCUUGUGAUUUAUAGAAUUUAUUGUCUACUUAGCCACAUCCAUAGAACUCAUCAUUGCUAUAUAGAUUACUUCACAAUGGUUUGGAAAAGUUGUAGCUAGUUAACACUAAAGUUAAUACAAGUUUGAAGUUCUUUC